AUGACGGUGGUGGUGAUGGGAAUGGCGGUGCCAAUGGUGGUUUGUGGGGGAGGUAGUGGUGGUGGUGGUGAAGGUGGUUGUUGUGGCGGUGGUAGUGGUAGUGAUGGUGAUGAUGCUAGCAGUGGUUGUGGUGGUGGUGUCGGUGGGGCUAAUAGUGGGGGUGGUAAUGGUGGUGGCGAUGGGGGUAAGGUUGGUGGUGGUGGUGGCAGUGAUGAUGAUGGUGCUGGUGGUAGUGGUGGCAACGGUGGGGGUGAUGCUGGGGGCGGCGGUGAAUGA